UAGGUGCUAUCGCCACGUGAAACAAAUAUGAAACACAUCUCACCGGACCGUGUAAACUGCGUACAGUUGGCAACCUGGUGUACUACCCUCCCUUAUAAAACCCUCAGCCGCAUUCGCCACAACCCAAAAACGAAGACGAAGGAUUUGUGGUCCUUAUGAUGCCGAGAAAAAGGGUGCCCGGACCCAGAGCCGGAACCUUACACAUCCAACUUCCCCAAAAUAACCCUCUCCCCAACACCAGACUCUACUACUCUCUGCAAUGCAGCAUCUUUUAAACCGAGAAAAGGAGGAGGCCAGUAUCGUCUCUGCACUCAAGGACGUAAUCACUGGCCAAGCAGAAUUACUCCAAUAUGGCACGUCCUUACCGAGUGGGAUCACCGACGAACAACCCAUAAUGUUACCUCUCACUGAAACUUGUCAAGUAUGCAAUGUGGACUGUUUGGGCUGCAACGUCUUCCCGCCAACCGAAGGAGAUAAUAUACAGAGGAACAAGAAUGAGAGGAAGAAGAGUCCGUACAGAGGAGUACGGCAGAGCCCGUGGGGGAAAUGGGCGGAGGAGAUUCUGGACCCGUGGAAGGCGGAGAGGAAAUGGCUUGGGACGUUCAGCACGGCGGAGGAGGCAGCGUGAGCUUAUGAUAGAGAAAAUGUAAUGUUCCGAGGAGAGAAAGCGAAGCUCAAUUUCCCAUUAUCAGAGUAUAAAAAUGAGAUUAAAAUCUAUGAAAACAAAACCAGUGAGAAUAAGAAGGAGACGAAAUCAAUGGAGACUGAUAAUUUUGGAGGAGGAGGGACAUCCGCGCGCUGUGUUAUCAUGAAUUACAAGGAACAGAGCACGGCAGAGCAAAAACAGAGGGAGGAGCAGAAUCCGAGAUCAGAUGAAGAUAUAUUUGCAUUUUGCUGAGAUGAUGAUGAUGGAUUGAGUGCAAUAGAUUAAUCAGAGUGAGAUUAAUAGGAUAAUGAAAUAAUUAAGUCGAAGCUUAAACAUUAAAGAUGGAUAUUAGAACGUUCUUUCACUGGUUUUGGAAGGGAAAAAAAGUCAAAAGUCAAACUUUAUUUGCUUAGUAGGGAAAGCAUUUGAAAAGUCAUGAUUUAAAAUGCGUGCGUCAUCCAUGAGGAGAGCAAUCGAAGGUUCUUGUGCGGUCAAAGCACACAUAUAUAUUCAAAAGUCAAAACAGUUGUUACAGUUAUGACAGUUAUUGAAAGAGGGUGGUACCUUCUCUAGUUGUAUUCCUCACAAUUCACAAACAAU